AUGAAUGCCUGGCUCGCCGACGCCUCGACCCUUCCUGGCCAGGAUAAUGGGGCUUUUAAUCCAUCCACUAUCGACCCCUCCGCCUUCCUUCACGCCUCUCCUACUCAGGACCCCAAUCAGUUCCAGCGCAUGUUCAAUGGCGUGCCACGGAAUGCCUCCCCGGGCUUUCACAACCCCAACCAGGUGAUUCCUUCCAAACGACCCCGACCGGAGGAUGGCAUGCCUAUGUCGCCACGACAAGGCCCCGGUGGCAUGCCCGGAUCGCGAUCGCAAACUCCUCAGGUACCAUAUCCUGGAUACCAAGGCCCCACAAACGGGGCAGCCCAAUUUUCUCAACAUCCUACUCCUUAUCAGCAUCUCCAGCAAGGAGGCUCGCCCAAUGUGACGCAGUCGCCAAUCAUGCAGGACUUUGAUCAGCAGAGUAUCCGCAUGGGAACUGCCUCCCCCAGUCCUUUCUCACCGGCCGGCCCGCAUGUCGGUGCCCAGAUGUCCCCGUCCCAAUCGGAUCACGGGAGCCGGGUGAACACCCCGCAGAAUAACAACUUCAUGCAGGGGCAAGCCUUCCCUCAGGGUAUGGGUGGGCAGUUCCAGCAAGGACACGGGAUGAGCUCGGCAGCGCCUCAGCCAUCCAUGCAGGCACAGUUUGGUGGGAUGCAACAAGUGCCCCAAGGGUAUCAUCAGGCGAUCGCAGCUCAGCAGGCCCGGCUCCAGAUGCAGAUGCAACAGCAGAAUCAAAAUCGGCCGAUGAAUGCCAAUCCGCAGAUGGCAGCGCGUCCCGUUGCUCCCGGUGGUAUGAACCCACAGGCGAAUCCUCAGCAAAUGGCGGCCAUUCGGCAGAUGCAACAAAACAUCGCAAAGCCCAACAACCCCGAAGUGUUUGUGCGAGGCUUGCAGAAAUUCAUGAUGGCACGGAACCUUCCACUGGACAUGAACCCAGUUAUUUGUGGCCGGCCUCUCAACCUCCUUCAACUUUACGGAACCGUCAUGAGAAUGGGCGGGUCAAAGAAGGUCACCCAAAUGAACAUGUGGCCUGCAGUUGCGCAACAGUUCCAAUUCCCGCAGAUGCAGUUCCCCACAGCUGCGCAGGAGAUCCGGGAUUACCACGCAAGAAAUUUGGCUCCUUACGAGCAGGCGUUCCUUAGUUCGCAACAAAAACAAGUUGCCGACCAAAUGCAGCAAGGUGGGAUGCCUCGCCAGCCAAGCGACGCCUCGGCCAUGCAACAAUUCCAGUCGCCCUCGAUCAAACCCGGCCAAGGAUUCGACCAACCUCAGCAGCUCGCCAGCUCUCCUCAGAACAACACACCCAUCCCGCACAAUGCUCAGCAGCCCACUCCGGUCAAUGGGUUUGCAACACCGACGCAAGCACCAAGUCAAAAGAAACCUACUCAAUCUGGGCAUCGACUCAGUAUCUCCCGCCAAUCACAGUCCUCAGUUCCAUCGUCUGAUGCUGCAGGUCAGUUUGCGGCACCAUCGCCAUCACAGCAAGGGAAAGGUGCUACACCAACCCCCGUCCAACCUGAACAAAAGCCCGAGAAAUUUGUCAAGAAACCCAUCGAGGAUCCAUACGAACCCAUGGCUUUGGAUGAUCACCGCAUGCACGGACCCAUAUCGGUGGACGAAAUGUACCGGCUCGGAGACGAUAUCUUGAAACUCCGUCCAGGUAUACCGAGUUUCGCAGAAUUGGGCGUGAUCGAUUUCCAUGCUCUGAACAUGAGCCUUAAGUCUGGCAUCCUGGGUGAAAUUCGAGUUGCCUUGGAAACCCUCACCACCGUCUCCUGUGAUCCCGCAGUGCAUAUCUCACUCCAUAACUGCGAAGAUCUGGUGGAGAGCUUGGUUGAUUGUGCCCAGGAUCAGGUUGAUUAUCUAGUUGAGCACAUACCCCGGACAUCAGAUGUCAUGCAGAUACCCUCGUACGAAGAAAUUACGAGGGCUUGCUACUCCGAAUUUACAUCCCUCGCUGAAGUGCCUGAGUUUGGCAGUGUUGCCUAUGAACUUGAUCGAGCAGUGGACCGAAUGAUUGCCAUCACUACGAUUCUCCGCAAUUUCUCGUUCCCCGCUGAUUCGACUCUCGCGGCCUUUGCAGUCCCGUCGCUCACCCAGUUCUUUGCCGAUGUCUGCCGUCACCUUGGAACCCGCAAAAUGUUCCUGCGGACUAACCAGAACACCUUGGAAUUUAUGAAGGACGCUGUGAUUUUCAUGAGCAACACGGCCCAUGUCAUGCCAAUGCCCGGACAAGAGGAGGCGUUGAAUCUGUUGACCUUCUUGCUUGCAUUUUCGCCGUUGCCCGAGCCAUCGAUAAAGACGGACCGGGUGAUGUUCACCUCAUUUAACCCCUCCAUCCACCGAUACACCCCGGCAGCCGUGGACGCUCUUGCGAAGUUCCUUGCAAAGGAUGAUACGAACCGGACUUAUUUCUCGGCCAUCUUCUCAGGGGACGGGUCUGCACCCCGGCCAGAGCUCCUCACCCGUGCCUUCGGCCUUGCCAUCAGCCCAAUUCCUCACAAGAGUGUCUUGGCGGCUGCAGAUGCGCGCCAAAUCUUCCUCAUGCAUGGUCUCCUAGCCGCUGAUGUCCUGACGACAUUUGCAGAUCCAGCCAUGGCAAAGUGCUGGCUCGGAUCUACCGAUGGAUUCGCCAUUCAUCUCUUGCGACUCUCGUGUAUGCUCUGCAACGAACGCUUCCCGCAAAUCAGCAUGCGGCCAAGACAGCAAGCUGAAAGUGAAGCCAUCGCGUUUGGCUCGAUUAUUCAUCGUGGCCUGGCUAUCUUACGCCGGCUCGCCGAGAAGUCGAAGCAAGUGGAUGACUCCCACCCGCUUCGCUUCCCAUCCGGGAUUGUCCCUCGCAAGGAACAACUACUCGGGGCCCUGCUGCUCCCCAACAUUGAUCCUACCAUCAUCCGACAACUCAUCACGUAUUCUCGGCUGGCAGAGUAA